UCAAACCAACCAAGAUGGCCACCUAGUUGGAGAGCACUUUUCAACACCUGUGAAAAGUUCAUUGUUUUGGUCGUUUUCUGUUGCAAGUUGGCGUUUCAUUCGCAGUUGGCGACAGUUUACAUUAAGGUUGUUGUAAGGUAUUAGCUUAAAAAUGAAGUCUGACGUAGAGGAGUUAAUGCCGAGGCUGCUGCCCGUUGAGUUUGGAGCCAGUGGAGAAGAGCUGGACCUGAAAGGACCCCCGAGAAACCCCCGGGAAUACCUCCGACAGGUCCAGUUGGAGGCGUCACAGUGUCCAGAGGUGGUGGUGGCUCAGAUUGACCCCAAGAAACUGAAGAAGAAACAAACAAUUAAUGCCUCUGUGGCGGGGUGCCAUGCUGCUCCGGUGGGGUUCUGCCCCAGCCUCAGUUGGCAGCAGCACCAAGUCAGUAACUUUUCAGAUGUCAGACAGAGCAUUGCAAAGAACAGGAAUCAUUGGAGCAGCAACACUCUGGACGACAACGUGGAGAUGCCGGAUAUAACAGACGAGGAGGGCUGGAAGAAGUUUUGUUUUGGAGAGACGCUCUAUCUGGGCACUUCAUCCAGCCGGACAGAAGCAGCUGAAGCAGAGCCGGCACUGGACUACAGCAAGGUGGGCUUCCCUCCCUUCCUCACGAUUGUCAGCAGGCUGAACCAGACCACGGUGCUGAUGGUGUUGGAAACUCUAGUCGGCUGGUUUGAGGAAAAUGACUUUGCUCCACAGUUGGGUCGCUGGCUGUACGCUCUGCUGGCCUGCCUGGAGAAGCCCCUGCUGCCUGAAGCCCACUCCUGCAUCCGACAGCUGGCCAGGAGGUGUGCUCAGCUCCGCAGUGCGCUGGAGAGUGAGGAGGAUGAGAAACUUCCUGCCCUGAACCUACUCGUCUGUCUUGUUGCCAGGUACUUUGAGCAGAGUGACCUGGCAGACCAGCCCGAGUGAGGAUUUAACUCUUGGACUGUGUCAAUGUUGAGGAAAAUGUCAGAGCCUUUGGACAGCAGGAUGUACUUAUGGACAUUUGAAGGUGGAGAUAAUGUAACCAGGACACGUAGAGAGCUGUGAGGAUUCUGCAUGACGUGAUGAAAGUUGAGGAUAAACCAAACGGAUCAUGAACUCACUCUGUAAAUAUAUUUGCAAUUAGCGUGGAUCCCUGCUCAUGACUGGACAGCAACCAAAGCAGAAGAUGUUAUUUUUGAUUGUUCUAUUAAACUCAUUUGCCUAA